GUCAACAGGCUUAGUCAAAAGACAAGUUGGUAUAAACAUGCAGACUGGAAUAGAACUGGGAAUCUGAAGAAGACAUUGAGAGAGAAGUUUCCUUGAAGGGUAUAUUGUUGGGUGGAACUCAGUUUCUCACUACUUUUUAAUUUCCAGAAGGACAUCAUCACUGGUUGCUCAUAUGAUCUUUGAUCCUCUCUCAUAUUUCAGCAUAAGAUCUAAAUUCUAUAAUACAAGUCUUCCUCAACAACUGAAGAAGUAAAAGAAAACCAUGUCUUUAGUCAGGCCAGUGGAGCUGUCUGCCACAUCGUACAGAAAGUCGAAACUCUACUCUCUGAAGGGAAGCAAUGACACUUCCACCCAAACAUUUGGUGCCGAUAAGAGUAAUACCAUGUAUACGACUGAUUCUUACUCCACCGAGAGUUAUGAGUUCCUUGACUCCCCAAGUGAAGAAGUUGCGCAUCCAUCUAGCUCUAGCAUUACUGGAAGUUCGUUUAAUGAGCAUGGUGCCUCAUUUUAUCCACGCAGAGCUGGAUCUGUUUCCUCUUUCACCACUCAAAAUCCAUCUAGUACUUCUAUGUCCACAAGGCUUCAUGAUGCUUACCGAACCAACAUUGACUCAGAUUACUUAGAGAGUCAAAGCCCAGAUGCUGUUAGCUUUGAUGAUGAUAAGAUGAGAUUGAAGCUUCAAGAAUUGGAGAGAGCACUGCUUGAGGACAACGAUGAUGAACAUGAUGAGGAGAUGAUUGGCAGUGGUCAAAGCAUGGAAAUUGAUGGUGAAUGGACUGAACCAAUCCAGAAUGCAUUGCUCCAUGACUCACCCAAGGAGUCUUCAUCAUCUGAUUCUUAUCUAAGCAGCAUCAGCAGCAACAAAGAAAUAUCAGGAACAUCUCUUCGUACACCCAAGCAGCUGCUCUUUGACUGUGCUAGUGCACUUUCAGAGGGAAAUAUUGAAGAAGCAUCAACCAUGAUAAAUGAGCUUCGCCAGCUGGUCUCAAUUCAGGGAGAUCCUCAUCAGAGGAUUGCAGCAUAUAUGGUCGAAGGCCUUGCAGCUCGCAUGGCUUCCUCAGGAAAAUUUCUCUAUAGAGCUUUGAAAUGCAAGGAACCCCCAUCCUCUUAUCGCCUUGCAGCCAUGCAAGUUCUUUUUGAGGUGUGCCCUUGCUUUAAAUUUGGUUUUAUGGCAGCAAAUGGAGCCAUUAUAGAAGCUACUAAAGAUGACAAGAGAGUCCAUAUAAUAGAUUUUGACAUAAACCAGGGGAAUCAGUACAUCACACUCAUACAAACACUUGCUCAACUGCCCGGUAAGCCACUGCACUUGAGGUUGACGGGCAUUGAUGACCCUGAGUCAGUUCAGCGUCCCGUUGGGGGACUUAAUACCAUCGGCCAAAGGCUAGAGCAGCUAGCAGAAGGACUUGGUGUUUCGUUUGAGUUUCAAGCAGUUGCCUCAAAGACUUCAAUCGUCAGUCCUUCAAUGCUGGACUGUAGGCCAGGCGAAGCACUCGUUGUAAAUUUUGCUUUUCAGCUUCACCACAUGCCCGAUGAGAGUGUUUCGACGGUAAACCAGAGAGACCAGCUUCUCCGGCUGGCAAAGAGCUUGAGGCCAAAACUCGUCACAGUUGUGGAACAAGAUGUGAACACCAAUACUACCCCAUUCUUCCCAAGAUUUGUUGAAGCCUACAAUUACUACUCUGCUGUCUUUGAUUCCCUUGAAGCAGCUAUACCAAGGGAGAGCCAGGAUAGGAUGAAUGUUGAAAAGCAGUGCCUUGCACGGGAUAUAGUAAACAUCGUUGCAUGCGAAGGCGAGGAAAGAAUAGAGCGGUAUGAGGUUGCAGGGAAGUGGAGGGCCAGGAUGGCCAUGGCUGGGUUUACUUCAAGUCCGAUGAGUACAAGUGUUACUGAUUUGAUUCGGGAACUUAUCAGAAUGUAUUGUGACAGGUACAAGAUAAAGGAAGAAAUGGGUGCACUUCAUUUUGGAUGGGAAGACAAAACCUUGAUUGUUGCUUCAGCAUGGAGGUGAUGGUGAAUGUGCGUGUAUCAUUAAGCUCCAAGUACUGCUAUGAUUUCAUUUAGACUUGACUUGUAAUUUUGUGUGGAACCAGACUUAUGCUGAUACAUGUAUUCCGAGUUAAAUAAACAAGGGAGUUAGGAUUAUCUAACAUUGAUGUAAGAAGCCUAUGGUUGUAAUAGGACAUGUAUUUGUACUUUUCAUGUAUUACUUGAUUACCUCGAAAAAGAAAAUAGUACACUUUAAAGGUCUGAUUCAAAACCC